AUGGCCGCGUGGGGCGGCGCGUUCCGCGCAACGCGCGCGGCGUGGAAGAAGCGGAAGGGGCCGAUGCUGAUGCCGGGGCUGCUGGAGGCGCAGCAGCUCGCCGUGGCUCGGCAGCCCGAACGUGUGCUUCGGAACCGAGGCUUGGUGGAGAUCGGGCAGGUGUGCCUGCCGAACGCGCUGCAGCAGUCGAUUAAAUCCAUUAUCGCGGAAGGCGCAACAAGCUCCGCGCACGUGCACCGCGACGUGCGCCGGCUGAUGUCCGCCUACGACGCGUUCUUCAGCGGGUGGCCGCAGCCGUCCGCGGAGCGCCUGGCAGACGACACGCGGGAGCCGCCGCUGAUGCGCGAAAUGGACGUGGGGCGCAUUCCGGACGCGCGGAUGGUGCGGCUGCUGCGCGGAUGGGAGAAGAAUUCCUGGGGGAAGGGCGCGGAGGAGGGGGGGGAAGGGGGCGCGGGGGAAUUGGCGGAGAGGGGGAAAGGGGGGGCGCGGGAGCGGGGGGAGGGGGGGAGGCGCGCAGUGGAGUAUGGGGAGACAGAGGCCCUGGCGUACGCGGCUGCGCGCAUGCCCUCCACCUAUGCCGCCGUGUUCCGCGCUCUCACUGAGGUGAAGCGGCGACUGCCCUCCCUCGCACCCUCCUCCCUGCUGGACUUUGGAUCCGGGCCUGGCACCGUGAUGUGGGCGGCGAGUGAGGUGUGGGGCAGCACAGUGCAGAAGGCAGCAGCGGUGGAGCCUGCUGAUGCCAUGUGGGCCAUGGGGGAGCGCAUCAGAGCAGUGGCAGCAGCGGGUCCCAAGCCCCCACGUGCGCUGCCGGAGGUGGUUCGAUACACCACCCUGCAGCACCUCUCAAGGGAGGCACGCGGGGCCGACCGGGUGUUCGAUGUUGUGGUGGCGGCGUAUGCACUGGGCGAGGUGGAGUCGGUGGAUGAGAGGCGCGCCAUUGUGGACCGCCUCUGGAGCCAUGCCCGCCAUGUCAUGGUGCUGGUGGAGACGGGCAACCCACGCGGUUAUGAGGCCAUAGCCAAGGCCAGGGCGCACAUACUGCACACACAGAGAGCGAAGGCAGCGCGACUGGCCGAUAGGGGACCCAGCAAGAACGCCCCGCACUCCUCCAAACCCCUUCUGCCGCCCGGUGCUCACGUGCUCGCCCCUUGUGCACACGACGGCCACUGCCCCAUGUACGGCACGACCAGCUGGUGCCACUUCUCGCAGACGCUGCAGCGCUCAGCCGUGCAGCGCAUUGCCAAGAGGGCAGCGGGGCAGGAGAUAACGGGCAGCACGGAGGACGAGAAGUUCUCGUAUGUGGUGCUGCGCAGGGGACCUCGACCCGAGGUGGUGGCGCCAUUGCAGCAGAUAACCCAGUUCCGGAGGGAGGAGAAGGAGAGGCAGGCGAGGGAGGAGGCGGAGAAGGAGGCCAAGCGCCUGGCCAAGAAGCAAGGCCCAUGCCCCAUCCAUGAGGCCCAUGCCCCAUCCAUGAGGCCCAUGCCUCAGCACACAUCCACCAUGGCAACCCGCACAUGCCUGCUGCUUGCCAUUCCCAUUCUGUCCUUCACUCCCCUCUCCGCCACUCCUGUUCGGUGUGCCCCUGCGCUGCCUCCACCACCAGCCAAGUGGGGACCGACAGUGCGGCUCAUCCCCCUGGACGAGGGGCCAGUGGGGGCAGAGGCGGGCGCACUGCUGCAAGGGGAGAGGCAAGGGGCAGAGGGUGCAGGUGAGGAAGGAGAGCAGGCAGAGGAGGAGGAAGAGGAAGAGGAGGAAGAUGAGGAUGAAGAGGAAGAAGAGGAGGCGGACGUUCGACCGAAGCACACUCCUGUCGGUGCACCAGACGAAGAGGAAGGGGUCAUCGAAGGCAGGAGGGAUGGUGAAACUGACAUGGACGGGACUGUCACUGACAGCAGUGAUGAGGAUGACGGUGAUAACGAUGAUGCUGACCUGGAUGAUGAUUCCGUGGAUCCCACAUUAGCCACUGACAACCCGCCACGUGGCGACCGCUUUGCGAAUCUGAGUCCCGAGUGGAGCCGCGUGAUUCGCGAGCCGAGGCGGCGGGGGCAGCACGUGAUAGUGGACGUGUGUGCAUCAAUGGACGGCAGGGGGCGGCGCGGCGAGCUGCAGCGGCUGCUCUUCUCCAAGGCUGCGGGGCGCGUGGAGUACCGAUUUGCACGCAAGGUGCGGUGGGGGGACCUGUGGCCCAGCACUGGUGAGGCACAGGAGGGCAAAGAGCAGGGCGAGAGGGAGGGCGCAGAUACGAGUACGAGCACGUAG